AUGUCGGCACCGGGAACGCCUGGGCCAUCCUCGGCUCCAUCAGGCUCCCUGACUUCGCCCAUGUCAAGCGCCGCGUCGGCCAUCUCGGUGAACGGUCCCUCCACACCCACACCAUCUACUGGCUCUGGCGUCCCCGUGCCGCCCAUGCCGGGCAUCUCUCCCACAUCCAGCAGGCGAGUCACCAACCGCAUGACAAACAGGUACAGCGUCAACGCCAUGUACUCGCUUGCCGCGGAGCAAGACGUCGAGGUCGAGGACGAGUUGGCACGCGCGCAAAAGCGUCUACGUGACCUCAAGGGCCGUAUUUCCUCCCAGUCAAAGAAGAACUUUGUCCUCGAGCGCGACGUCCGCUACCUGGACUCGCGUAUCGGUCUCCUCAUCCAGAACCGUAUCGCCGCAGACGAGAAGCGUCAAGUACAGGAAACACUCGAGGAAGUCGUCGAAGACUCGGGAGCGUACCCAGACACUCGUAAAAUUGCCCAGUACUCCAACCUGUUCUUCCUGCUCCAGUCCGAGCCCCGACACGUCGCUGCCUUGUGUCGCCUGGUCCAGCUGUCCGAAAUCGACACCCUUCUCCAGACCGUCAUGUUCACCCUCUACGGUAACCAGUACGAGCAGCGCGAAGAGCACCUGCUUCUCACCAUGUUUCAAAGCGUUCUGGCAGCCCAGUUCGAGUCCACUACAGAGUUUGGCUCGCUGCUGCGCCAAAACACGCCCGUGUCCCGCAUGAUGACCACCUACACCCGCCGAGGACCCGGUCAGAGCUACCUCAAGGAUGUGCUGGCGGAGCGUAUCAACGCACUCAUCGAGCACAAGGACCUCAACCUUGAAAUCAAUCCCUUAAAGGUCUAUGAGCAGAUGAUCCAUGAGAUUGAGGCAGAGCAAGGCGCACUGCCGCCAUCUCUGCCGCGUGGUGUCCCUCCCGAGGUCGCAGCAACCAACGCCGAUGUCCAGGCGAUCAUCCAGCCGCGUCUCGCUGUCCUGAUGGAUAUCGCGCAGACCUUCCUGUCGACGAUCAUGGAGUCGCUCGAGGCCGUCCCAUAUGGUAUCCGCUGGAUCUGCAAGCAGAUUCGCUCCCUCACGCGUCGCAAGUACCCGGAAGCCUCGGACGCGUCCAUCUGCUCGCUCAUCGGUGGCUUUUUCUUCUUGAGGUUUAUCAACCCGGCCAUUGUCACCCCACAGGCGUACAUGCUUGUGGACGGCGUGCCCGCCAAGCACCCGAGGAGAACGUUGACCCUCAUCGCCAAGAUGCUCCAAAACCUUGCCAACAAGCCGAGUUACGCCAAGGAGCAGUACAUGAUGUCGCUCAACCCGUUUGUCGAGAACAACAAGCAAAUGAUGAACCAGUUCCUCAACAGUCUGUGUGAAGUCGGCGACUUUUACGAAUCGCUCGAGAUGGACCAGUACAUGGCCCUCUCGAAGAAGGACCUCCAGAUCAGCAUCACCAUCAACGAGCUGUACAACACCCACACGCUGUUCAUGCAGCACAUCGAGACCUUGUCGCCAAACGAUAGGCAACAUCUCCGUGUCCUUCUCGACGAGCUUGGUCCCGCUCCUCCCCAGGUGCCACGAGCCGAAAACGCCUCCAUCGAGCUCCCCCUGUACUCGCGCUGGGAGACUCCCAUCCAGGACCUGUCCACCGCGCUCAUGAACGACUCUGUUACGCAAAACGAUAUCAAUUUCAUGGAGACCAAGUCCAUCUUUGUCCAACUCCUCCGUUCCAUGCCCCAACUGGCCGACCGUAGGCCAAUGGACCUUCCUGCACUGGCAGAGCGUGCUGCCACAUCCAAGGACCCCGUCCUUGUCCGCCGUGGCAUAAAGGUCCAAAACCUUCUUUCCGAACUCGAGGCUGCGAGCGUUGUCGACCGCAACGACAACUAUAAACUGCUGCAGGACGAGGUUUCCACCGAGAUGGUUCACCUCGGUAACGCACGCGAAAAAGUUGUCCUCGAGACCCGCUCCCUCGAGUCCGUUUACCGCACGAUCUGCGACCACAACAACUACCUCCGUUCCCAGAUUGAGCAGUACAAGGCCUACCUUGUCAACUCGCGCAUGAUGAUGGCCAAGGCCCAGGGCGGUGUUGGCGGUGUUGGCGUGGUCGGCAUCAACGGCAAGGAGAAGAAGUUUUCCAGGACCCAGGCUCUCGGACCUUACCGCUUCACUCACAGCCAGUUUGAGAAGGAGGGCAUUAUCAUGGACAGCAAUGUGCCAGAGAACAGGCGCGCAAACAUCUUUUUCAACAUCACGUCGCCUACUCCCGGCACGUUUAUCAUUGCCCUCCACUUCAAGGGCCGCGAGAAGCCCAUCCUCGAGAUGGACCUCAAGAUUGAUGACCUCUUGGAAAAGCAAAAGGACAAUGAUGCCACACUCGAUCUCGAGUAUGUGCAGCUAAAUGUCCCCAAGGUGCUCGCUCUUUUCAACAAGGUGGGCCUGCUCACGCUCCAACCCGCUGAACGGCAGCUCUUUGCCAAGCGCAAGUAA